CGCCGGGGCAGCUCUCUGCAUCCGGGUCAGCUGCUGCCGCUGCAGCUGUAGCCAGGGGACUGGGCCAGGGUCUCCGCUGCCGUCCGAGGGGAGCGGGCUCCUCUCGGCGCUACCUCUUGCGACCUGGCCGUCAGCCCCGCGUCGCCGGCCUGGAGGGGCGAAGAAGACGAGGGGGCCAAGGCUUCCUCCGGGGACAUUGGCUCUCUGGAUUAUCAGGAGCUUGUAGUUGAUAUUGAAUCUAAGCUGAGGAUGGAAGGUGUGGAACUUAAGGAAGAAUGGCAAGAUGAAGAUUUUCCAAUACCUUUACCAGAGGAUGAUAGUAUGGAAGCAGAUAUAUUAGCUGUAACUGGACCAGAGAGCCAGCCUGAACUUAAUGGAAAUAAAGUGAGAAAGAAACUCAUGGCCCCAGACAUUAGCCUGACCCUGGAUCCUAGUGAUGGCUCUGUGCUGUCAGAUGAUUUGGAUGAAAGUGGAGAGAUUGACUUAGAUGGCUUAGACACGCCAUCAGAGAACAGUAAUGAAUUUGAGUGGGAAGAUGAUCUUCCAAAGCCCAAAACUACUGAAAUUAUUAGGAAAGGCUCAAUUACCGAAUACACAGCAGCAGAGGAAAAAGAAGAUGGACGACGCUGGCGUAUGUUCAGAAUUGGAGAACAGGACCACAGGGUUGAUAUGAAGGCAAUUGAACCCUAUAAAAAAGUUAUCAGCCACGGAGGAUAUUAUGGCGAUGGAUUAAAUGCCAUUGUUGUGUUUGCUGUAUGUUUUAUGCCUGAAAGUGGUCAACCCAACUAUCGAUACCUGAUGGACAAUCUCUUUAAGUAUGUUAUUGGCACUUUGGAGCUGUUAGUAGCAGAAAACUACAUGAUAGUUUAUUUAAAUGGUGCUACAACUCGAAGAAAAAUGCCCAGUCUGGGAUGGCUCAGGAAAUGCUAUCAGCAAAUUGAUAGAAGGUUACGGAAAAAUCUAAAAUCACUAAUCAUUGUACAUCCCUCAUGGUUUAUCAGAACACUUCUAGCUGUUACAAGACCCUUUAUUAGCUCAAAAUUCAGCCAAAAAAUUAGAUACGUCUUUAAUUUGGCAGAACUAGCGGAACUUGUCCCCAUGGAAUAUGUUGGCAUUCCAGAAUGCAUAAAACAGUAUGAAGAAGAAAAGUUAAAAAAGAAACAAAAAAGAGUUGAUCAAGAGCUUAAUGGAAAACAGGAUGAACCGAAAAGUGAACAGUAAGUUUGGCAUCUAGUCCAGACAAGACUGAAGAAUGUGCUGAUGAAGCAGUGCUCUUUUUUGCAUUUAUAAUGCAUUUAUUGGCCCUGAUUUUUAUGUAACCUGUUACAAAAUUGACUUGAUUCUUCCUUAAUGGACUUUUGUAUAAGGGACUGUUCACUGCUGUAUUGGUUUGCAAAUCUCUUGAAUUUAGCUCUUUAUUAGCUAAUUAUAUUGUACUCAUUUUAUAUUUUAUAUUGCUAAAUAGCAGAGAACCACACUUUAUAUAAAGCAGUUUUUGCAUUUGUUUGUUGAAUGAUACAUCUUCUUCAGUAAAAUAUUUAUAUGCCUAAAUGGUAAAGGAAAGAGAUAAUAUAUAUUUUUAUGUUUCUGAGCAAUAUUUUUUAAUGUAUACCUGUCUUGUGGAAGAAUGUGCAGGUAAAUGAGAUCAUGAUUUGUAAAGUGCAUGUUCGAAUUUCUGUUUUUGUAGAUGGUUAGAUACAUUUCCUGGGUAACUUACAGAAUAAAGUUGCUCAUAAGAUGAGGGACAGUUAAACUGGUUCUCAUGAACACCCAAAGGUCAUGUUCAUAAUCUAAGUAGAUGUAUACUAUCCUAGGCUUUUUUCUCAUUUAAUAAAUACCGUUUAAUUCAGAAGCGCAAAUACAAAUGUAUUGCACACUGUUUCCUUUUUAAACUUUAAAGACAAGUCAAAAAGCCAUUUUUAGAACUACAGAGGCUAAGAAUUGGGAUUUGUAUAUAUGUAUAUAUGGGACAUUUUAUCUUCUGGCCCAAAGUCAGAACUUUAUUAUAAGCAUUUUAGAUUUGUUCACUAAUGUGAAAUAAGCUGUGUGUCCAGGGUAUCACUCUCCAGAAUUUGUGAGUGCAGUGUAGUAUUCAGAGAAUGUGAUGAGUUCUUCACUGUCACUAUUUUUCUGUAGAAAAUAGGGGCUGCUUUUUUAACUGCUCUCAAUGUGGGCACUUUACCAAAAUACUUUAUCAGUUAUUUAAAUUUGAUAAUAUGUGUUUGACCUAGUCAGAUAUUGUGUGUAUUCACAUUUUCUUUUGAAUCAUGUUGACAGUACUGUAAAACUAAGUUAUUUUGUAAGUCUUAGAGCAUCACUGCAUUAUGCUGUUUUGGAUGACACAUUUAUAUUAACUUUUUGUUUAAUUUGGUAAGUACCUUGACACUAUAUUAAAAUACAUUGUCCUUAGGUGCUCGAACAGAACUUAAUUGCCCGCAGAAUCAUCCUAAAACAGUAGGUUGGUCUAAUAUUGUGUCAUACACUUGUGUGACUCAUUUGGAAAACUUGGUAUCCUCCAAAUUUGAGGGUACUGCCACACUCUGGGCCUUCCUGUAAGGCAAUUUAUUAAAGAGUGUCCUAGAGUAGCAAAAUUGGAGCAAAGGAGGGCUAAGCUUUUAGGCUUUAUUCUGUCAGACUGAACAUACAUGUGGCUUUCACCAUUGCCAUUUUUAAUACAAAGUUUGUAUUACCAAGAGAAUUUUCCUUUACUUUUUGUCCUUCUCAGUUAUAAACUUGACAUGCUAAACCUAAGUCUAAUCCUGGAGGAUUCCCAGGAUGAGAUGUUCCUCAGCAGCCUUCUGACUUACCUUGGAUCCAGCAGCUGUAGGCAGAUCCUAAACUAACGUCAUUCUGGCAAGUAAAGCCAAAACCAUUAUUGCUUGCUCAAACCUUAGAAACGGCUUGUGUUGAAAAAGCAAACUAACAAUAACAACUUAGCCAUUCCUUCUGAAUUGAACCACAUGAGAAUCAUGGAUAAAUGAUUGUGGAAUUUAA